UCUUGAACAUUGCGUGGCUAACCCGCCUCUGAUCACUGCAUUUCAGACAGCUAGCUGGGCGGAAAGACAUAUUGCUCAAAAAUGGCUGACAGGAAGGCUACCAACCGCUACUACCCACCGGAUUUCGAUCCCACCAAGCAUGGCUCCAUCAACAAGUACCGCAACUCCCAUCCCCUACGGGAGCGGGCCAAACGACUCAGCGAAGGCAUCCUGGUCAUCCGGUUUGAGAUGCCGUACAACAUCUGGUGUGGGGGCUGCGGCAAUCACAUAGGCAUGGGCGUCCGCUACAAUGCCGAGAAGACCAAAGUGGGCAACUACUACACCACGCCCAUCUACCGCUUCAGGAUGAAAUGCCACCUGUGCGACAAUUACAUCGAGAUGGAGACGAACCCCAUGGAGUGCGACUACACCGUCGUGACAGGCGCCUACCGCAAGAACCAGAAGUGGGACAUGGCUGAAAAUGAACAGGUUCUGACAGAAGAUCGGCAAACGGUUAAGAAGUUGGCCACGGAUCCCAUGUUCAAGUUGGAGCACGGCACGGAUGACACCAAGAAACUUGAAGCCGUCGCCCCAACGCUGCACGAGCUGGAGCAGACGCAGACGACUUGGAAAGAUGACUUUGAGCUGAACAGGAUGCUGAGGCAGAAAUUCAGGAAAGAGAAGACUGAGUUGAAGACGGCCGUUGCCAGAGACGAAGCCCUGCUGUCCAAAUCUUCCCUUGACAUUGCGCUGGUCCCUGAACAUGACGAGGACAAGAAGCUGGCAUCGCUGAUGAAGUACAACACCGUGGAGACCUAUGAUGAGAAGCAAAAGAAAAAGAGGCAGGAGAUAUCAAACAGGAGUAUCUUCUCCAAAUCCUUGUCUUCGUCCUCUUCAUCUACUCCGGCAUCGGCGAUGGCAACCACUCCCCCAUCACAGGAGACAUCAAAGCAGCACCGAAACUCGGGAGCCCAGAAGCAAUUUGAUCUGAUCCACAGACUGAAAGCCGCAAAGAGAACGAGUGCCGGCUUUGAUGACUUUGGCUCCUGUCCGGACAGAAAGACUGCGCGGCAGAGCGGGGGAAUGGGGAUCGUCCUGUCAAAGAGGCAGAAGGAUACCCGAAACGGUGAAGAGAAAUCGCCAGACCCCCAGGAAGACAGGACUAGGUCGGAUCAAGAGGCCAGCAAAGUGGUCUCACCUAAACUUGAAGCCGGGUCAGUUCCAGAAUCUGAGGUCACUAGAGAUCGGGUGUGCACUGAUCAGGAACUGAAAACUUGCAGGACAAAAUGUGAAUGCAUUUGUGCUUCAGCCAAGCAACUCGGCCGCAGCUCUGAAGACGGAAAUGGAGAAAGAACGACCACUGAACAUGUGGCGACUGACUGUCUCAAAGAUAUCAAUCUUGAGUUUUCAAACCGCCUACAAGCCACAGAAAGGCCUCACCGGCAACCAAACGGUUUUGAGAGUGGGCAUCAGCCCAGAGGAGAUUCAAAAAGAACCGUGGGUGACUGCACUGCACAAACUGAAGUUAGCCCGGGAAAGCUGACUGUUGGCAAAGGUAAUGCAACCCUUGUGAAGUCGCUCGUGUCCUGUGACUACAGCAGCGGCGACAGCGAUGGAUCGGCGGAUUAAAUGCCAGAAACUUAUACAUUCUCUGUCUUCAUUAUCAAAGUGGAGCACCACUUUAAAAUUCUUCAGCACCGACUCGAACUGUCCAGAAUCGUGCACACUUUCUUUAUUGGCCAUUGAAAUACUGUGUUGAUUCUUGAAUACGAGUGCUUACAACACUCCCAAUGCUUAUCCCCCAAAAUAUCUAGAUGUAUUUCCUGCUUGUGAGUCAACAUCAGAAAUUUUGCGCAUUGAGACCUGGUUCUGUGAUGGUGGACGCGCAGUUUCUGGAUCGGUAGAGAAAGCAUGGAUUAGGUGCAGUGAUUUAGAGCUGUGUACAACGUAAAGUGAUGGAGGUGUUGGAUGUCAACCUUUCAAACUGAUAAACACUGGGCAAAGCCCAAGGCUGCCCGUUAUUUCCUUUUUUCCCCUGAAUUUCAGUUGCAUGCCUGCUCACGAAUUCCGAAGUGCUGAUUUUGGAAAUGGCUCAAAUAUCCUUUCCGUGAGAAAAAAAAAAAAACCUAUGAAAGAUGCGCUCUGAAAAUAUAUCCUUUGGUUUUUCUAUUUAUCUCACAUACAAGAGUUCUCUGGGCAAGUUCUUGGUAUGGCCUCUUAUAAAAUUUGAUGCACUUUUAAUUUAUCCUGCAAACACAAUGAUGUAUGGAAAGUGCAUUUUUGAAAUGAAUUGAGUUAGGAUUUAGAAGAAAGACUGAGCACAUGUAACCCCAUCAUAACAGCCCCCCAAACCCACAUCUUUGCAUUAACAUUGCUGGCACAUGUCUUGGCAUAACAGUCGAUCAUGAUCUACAAGAAGUGGUCUAGUUUCACGCCGACAAACUUUAAAAUGGUAAAAUCUCAGAUGACACAAAGUGUUUUUGUCAAUUUUAUUCAUUACGUUUGAAAAUGUAUGUACACCCAUAUAAAUACAGGUCUGGUAAAUUAAACCAUUUAAACUACAGAAGUCUGUGUAAUGUAAACUGAGGAAAGUCUCCAGGUUUCCGAUCAUUUCCAAAGCAUUUCUGGUCUGUGUGUCCCUCUCUAUUACACUCAAAAG